GUAAUUUUAAAGAUGGCUGCGCCCACGUCGUAUCAUGCUUUAGGGCAAAAUGCAAAUAUACUGAGGUUUAUAUGGAGGAAAGGGUUUUUGUCCUCAAUGAGAACAGAACACUGUCUUGUCACGCCAUUCUUUACUUGUAACCGAUGCCACGCUAAACGUAUAGGGUCGUCUCCAGAAGCAAGUCUGCCAUAUUACACCAAACUUCCACAAACCCCUGGAUCUCAAGAUCACAGCAUGAAGUUAAGCAAUGUCAGGACUAGUGCAUCUUGUCAAGUAAUUCACAGGGGCACACAGACAAACAUAACCACUCCACACAGGCCUCUGCAGACUGUGCUAUUAAAGAGGCCCCAUGAGGGGGUCAGCAGUACUGUGAACCGAGUUCAACCCUUGCACACUCUGUCAACUCACACAAAGAGCCUCAGCUGGAAGAGCAGGUACUCAGUGAGCCACAGGAACCUGUUAGCUGGAGUGGCCUGUGAGGGAGUAUGUUCACUAGGGAACCCUCUUCUGCCACACUCAGGAGGGGGAGUGAAACGUUUUAUGGCAAAGUGGAUGACAAGAGUGUACGACAGGGAGAGGAAGAAGGAGAUUGUGUAUCAGUAUGCCUCUGCUGAACCAGCACGCUCCACCAGAGUGUAUGUAUGGGGAUACGCAGGAGUAGGAGCCUUAGGUUUGCCAACCUUCCUGAGACUCAAGGGUAAAAAAUACCCCAAGCUGGUCCAGAGUUUCCCCCACAGGUUUAUGUUUCUCGAAACAAAUAACUACCAGCCUAUCAGCGCAGCUUGUGGCAACGGCUUCACUGUGUUUGUAGCUAAGAGGUCAGGUGAAGGUCACGUGAUUUUGGGGACAGGCAUCAACUCCGACUCACAGAUUGGGUACCAGGAGGCUCCUAAGGGAUCAGGGAGGUUCCUAGACUACCUGAUAGAGCCUGCACCCAUUCUGUUACCAUUUCAAUUCCCAGAGAAAACCAAAAUUACCCAUGUGGCAUGUGGGAGGGCACACACUGUGGUUGCCACGGAUACAGAGGGAGUGUUCACUUUGGGCAACAACAGCUGUGGGCAGUGUGGAAGGAAAAUUGUGGAAGGGGAAGAGUAUAGCCACAACCCAUUAGUGAACAAAGUGCCAUUUGAUGAGGAAAUCAGACAGGUGAUCUGUGGCCAGGACCACACUGCAAUACUCACCCAGAGUGGGCAGCUCUACACCUGUGGUCUGGGGGCAGAUGGACAGACAGGUCUUGGCCACCAUGAUUGUGCUGACAGUUUGACUCUGGUCCGGGGUGAUCUACAGGGGGAGAAGAUUGUCCACAUCGCUGGACGCUCGGACACAAUGUUGGCUGUGUCAGACAAGGGAGACAUGUUUGGCUGGGGUAACAAUGAGUACUAUCAACUGGACUGUGUGGAGAAGGACCGGACGCAGGUCACCGAACCCAGACGUCUCCCGAUCAGUGACAAGAUUGGUAAAGUGACACAGGUGGCGGCCGGAGGCACAAACUGUGGGCUAGUCAAUGGUCAGUCUAGGUGGUUUUGUAUCAGUUAUUUCAUCUAUUUACUUGAUGUAACAGAUAACAUCAAGCGUGGAGAGGUCUAUGUCUGGGGCUAUGGUAUCUUGGGAAAGGGACCAGCACUGGACCAGAGCCCAGUACCCACACGGAUCCCUCCCAUACUGUUUGGCAGAAAUGACUUCACUCCGGACACCAAGGUGACCUCUCUGACCAGUGGUCUCAGCCAGUUUGCUGCUAUUACUGACAGAGGAGACGUGUACAUGUGGGGGAAGAACAAAACUGGCGCCCUGGGCCUCGGCACCAGAAAGGACCAAUUUUUCCCUCUCAAGGUUUCUCUUCCCUCCAUGGCUGAGGCUGUUAGCUGUGGGGUGGACCAUGUGGUCUGCAUUGGGAAGUCGUUUUGCUGAAGUUUUAUCAGUGGUCAUCUUAAAACUGACCAGUAGUUGUAAAAUAUGUAGUGACCUCUGUUGUGACCAUGACUGUGGACUGAAUUGAAAGAAUACAGGUCUGGUACUACUUCUGUUUGAACUGGUACAAUAUUUACUUCUAGUUGUUCUCUGAAUUUU